CUCCACCACCUAUAAAUAGGCAACUCCACAUACAAACCAAAAUAGAGCAAACAAGACUUCAUACAUACAUAUCUACACAACUCAGUUUCAUCUUCAACCUCACCAAACAUGUCUGACAAGUGUGGAAGCUGUGACUGCUCUGACAAAUCCCAGUGCACAAAGCAGGGGUACGCAGCCGAUAUCACUGAGACCGAGAAAAGCUACGGCAUGGUAGUGGAUUGCGCUGAGCACGACGGAACGUGCAAGUGCGGCAGCAGCUGCGGCUGCACCGACUGCAAAUGCGGCCACUGAGAGCUAGCAUGGCCUAAUAUGGGGAUGGGAACACUAGAUUUUCUU